AGUAAAGCUGCAAAGAUGCGCUGUAGAUAGUUAAUAACAGUUAAAGUAGUUAGAAAUGUCAUUAUUAACAGACUUUGUGGAUUGUGUGUGCGUGCAACUGAUUAUAUGAUGGAAGUGAAUAAGGGCAGUCAAGCUGAAAUAAAUGAACCAGGUGAGAAACAUCAGAAUGUAAAAACAAAACGUAAUGUUUCACAGAAAGGAUCUCUAAGAACAGAAGACAAAAAAUGUGAAAAGAGUUUUAGUAAAGAUGGACGCCCUGUGGAUCACAAGAGGACUCAAAAUGCAGAGAAACCAUUUACAUGUCUUCACUGUGGAAAGAGUUUUGCCAAAAAAUCAACGUUUACAAUCCACAUGAGAGUUCACACUGGAGAGAAACCAUUAACGUGUCAACAGUGUGAAAAGAGUUUUGCUCAACAAUCAGGUUUUGAUAGACACAUGAAAAUUCACACCGGAGAGAAACCUUACAAAUGCAGUCAGUGUGAAAAGAGUUUUCUCUCUGGAAGUUAUCUGAAGGAACACAUGAAGAUUCACACUGGAGAGAAACCAUUCAUGUGUCAACAGUGUGAAAAAUGUUUUUCACAAUUAGGCCAUCUUAACAGACACAUGAGUGUUCACACCGGAGAGAAACCUUUUGAAUGUCAUAAAUGUGGAAAGUUUUUCAGACGUUAUGAUACCCUUAAAAAACACAUGAAAAUUCACACUGGAGAGAGAUCAUUCGCAUGCCAGCAGUGUGGAAAGACUUUUAAGCUUAAUUAUGAGUUUAAGAGACACGUGAGAAUUCACACUGGAGAGAAACGGUACAAGUGCCAUUAUUGCGAGAAGAGUUCCACAACUAAAAGUUACAUUAAUAGGCACAUGAGAAUUCACACUGGAGAGAAACUGUUCACAUGCCAGCAGUGUGGAAAGAGUUUUGUCCAUAAAACAGCCAUUGACAACCACAUGAAAAUUCACACUGGAGAGAGAUCAUUCGCAUGUCAUCAAUGUGAAAAGUUUUUUAGAUGUUAUAGUAACCUUAAUACACACAUGAGAAUUCACACAGGAGAGAAACCGCACAAGUGCAAUCACUGUGAGAAGAGUUUUGCUACCAGUGGUACCCUUAAUGAGCACAUAAAAACUCACACUGGAGAGAAACCGUUCAUGUGUCGACAGUGUGGAAAGAGUUUUGCUCGAAAAACAACCAUUGACAAACACAUGAAAAAUCACACUGGAGAAAGAUCAUUCGCAUUUCAUCAUUGUGAAAAGAUUUUCAAGCUUAAUGAUCAGCUUAAUAACCACAUGAAAAUUCACACUGGAGAGAAACCAUUUGAAUGUCAUCAAUGUGGAAAGCUUUUCAGACUUAAUAGUGACCUUAAUAGACACAUGAGAAUUCACACUGGAGAGAAACCAUUUGAAUGUCAUCAAUGUGGAAAGCUUUUCAGACUUAAUGGUAACCUUAAUAGACACAUGAGAAUUCACACUGGAGAGAAACUGUUCACAUGCCAGCAGUGUGGAAAGAGUUUUGCCCAUAAAAACACGCUUGACAUCCACAUGAGAAUUCACACUGGAGAGAGACCGUACAAGUGCCAACACUGCGAGAAGAGUUUCACGACUAAAAGUAACCUUAAUAACCACAUAAAAAUUCACUUUGGAGAGAAACUGUACAAGUGCCAACACUGCGAGAAGAGUUUUACCACCAGUGAUAGCCUUAAUAAACACAUAAAAACUCAUACUGGAGAAAAACCAUUCAUGUGUCAACAGUGUGAAAAGUGUUUUUCAGCAACAAACCACCUUAAAAGACACAUGAGAGUUCACACUGGAGAGAAACGCAUUCCCGUGCAGUCAGAGUUUCAGAGAGGAAAGUACACUUAAGACAAACACAUGCCAAUUUACACCUCAGAGAAACCGUUCACGUGUCAACAUUACGUCAAAAUGUAGUUUCAGAAUUCAUCAGCGCUCUCACACUGGAGAAAAGUCAUUUAAAUGUGAUGAGUGAGGUAAAAAGUUUAAAUCCUCAUCACAUCUGAAGAGACAUAUGAGUGUUCAUGCAAAUGUGGAAUCUUAGUUGUGUAGUGUUUGUUUUAAAGUGUUUAUGUCUGUUUGAAAAGUACAAAUUGGUUUAAGAUGUUGUGUGCUUUGAGUGUUAACAAGGUACAACUACAGAAUUUUACCCACAUGUCCAGACUCUCUUCAAGUCUUUUAUUUUUUAAUAUUUCAUGAC